UUCCUGGACAGAAGUUGAUUUACCCAAGAGUCAUCAAAAGUGCGCCAUAACGAGUGCCUCUUUGCAGCGGAGAAUUUUCUUUUUAGCGCUCUGAAUGGCAAAGGAUUGAAUUUCAUUGGGAAAAUACAAAGGAAUGAUUGAGACUUUCUUUGUGAAAUUGAUCGUUGGAAAUCGCGUUGUGACUUCUUGAGGUGUUUCAAACUUUUUAUACAAAAAACAGGUGAUAAAACAGAACGGGGAUUGGGUGAACAAAAUGGGAUGUUCGUCGUCUCAGAGUUCAAGUGUAGCACCGGAAAAUGGAACGGAAGGCAGCCCAGCGACUUAUCCUCCCUCAACGGCAUUUGAGAUACCAUUGGACGAUGACGACAGUAGUUUGGUGAAGAAGCAUCCACCCAAGAGGCUCCGUCGCCUUGAAGAAACUCCUUCGACACCGCCGAGCAUCGAGGAGCUGCAGGAGAAGUUGGCUAAUGCUGAACUCAGACGGCAGUUGAUUCUACAACAAAAAGUCGCAAAUGUGAUGAUCCGAACGAAUGGCGAUGACCGAAAUUCGGAUGAUUUGGACGAGAAUGACAACAAGAGCGUCAAAAUGGAGGUGGAUCGUCACGAAAAUGGCGUCAUAUCGACAUGAUCGACAAGAUGAAAGAUGUUUGGUGAUUUUGCAAAGGAAAAAUACAGUGGUUUUUUUUAUUAAACAUACAUAUAUAUUUUACUCAUUUAGUGACAUUUACCCGUAUAUGUUUAUAAAAUUGUUUUACACACAUCUUUUUUUUCUACAGUAAGUUUUCUUCAUUAGGUUUUUUUCCAUUAUUAACAAUUCACUCAGAAUGUUGGUUUAUUUUUCAAAUCUCUGACAUCAAUAUCUAUAUCGUAGAUAAAAUUUAUGUCAUUUUUCAUUGACCCAAAACAUAAACAAUUUUUGACUAUUCAUUCUCUCACACCACGUCCUUUCCAAAGAUCAUUGUCUUUGUAUCCUUUUUCUUUUCAAAAUAAUAGAGAUUUUAUUUACAAAUGGCGCUAAAUGAGAUUUUCUUUUAAUUUUUUUUUCUUUUAAAUAGAUUAACAAUUUCACAAGGUUUUUUUUCUCAAUCCGAAAUGAUUGAAUGAAUAAAGUAACUAUAAGGCAAAUUUCUUUUUUUUUAUUCUUUGUAUUAACGUGAUAGAGAUUAUAAAUGGUCGCUUUGGUUUUAAGUAAGUAUCUCAUCCUCUUUUUUUUAACUAAUUCAAUGAAAAUCAUAAUUAUUUGACACAUAAAUUUUUAAUUAUUUUUGGGAGAUUUCGAUGUUUUUACAUAAUCUCCGAAAUUAAAAAAAAAACAUUUUUCUUGCCACCCCGUGUCAAUUCCCACUCCGCAUCUUAUUUCCCUAAUUUUUAGAGGGUUGUCGUAAUAAUCAUAUUAAAUGAGCCACGCCUACAAAUAAAUUUUGACCACGCCCUUUUAAGCCAUUUGUAAGAAAAUGGCGUUUUUUCAUUUAUUCGAUAAAACGUUGUCAUGACAGCUUUUAAAUAAUUUACCUCUUAGACAAGGCGUGAAAAUUCUGUUUUCAGAAACUAGGCCACGCCUUUUUAUAAAGCAGUUCGGGAAGUUUAUCAUUUUAAUAGUAAAGUCCAUUCGAAAAAUGAAAACACAAUUUGUAGAGCAAACGGUAAUCUCCGUGUUUAUCCUUUUAUUUAUUAUAAAUUAUUAUGAUUACCCCGAGCCAAGGAAUUAAUAAAAAUGAUUCCAAGAUAUGAAUAUUAUUGUAAUUGAAUGCGCGAUUCAAAAGAUAACUUUUUGCUCUAAGCCUAUAAUUCGUGUAAGAAACACAUAUGCUAACUCAAAUAUGUGUGUCGGAGGUGAAUGAUGGCCCUAGACAAAGAGUUAUCAAAUAGCUAGCACAUUCCCCUAAAAUGUAUCCAGUCACUAAGAGGAUACCCCUUGGGCCACUGAGUAGAA